AAGUUGCACUAGGGCUGGGAUGUCCCCCUGUUCCCAGGUCAGUGCCCUGCCAGCAGCAGAAAGUUAAGCACCCGACUAAAACCGAUUGGAAGCCGAAAGAAACCGGAUUAAGGGGAGGGGCUGUGGGAGGGCUAAAGGACGGGAGUGGUGGGCCGGUUUAAGCCCCAGCUCACGCAGCGAUCUCCAGGGAAAAUCGUCCCCAACUGGGAGAACCCCUCUCCCUAGUGGACACCACAGCCAGCUCUGUCCUCUUUCCUUUUUUCCGUGGGGCGAUAGGAAAACUUCGUCUCCCGCUAACUUGCAGCAGGGGUGCCGGUGGGCGCGGAGUAGCUGCGACCAAGAAAGGAGUGACUGGGGCGCUAAGACGGGCGCUGAGCCGCGCGCUUCAGAGAUGGCCCCUUGGCUGGGUAGGAGACGGCGGCGGCGGCUGCCGCUACUGCUUCUUCACCUCCGGGGCGGCCGCUUCCACCUCCUUCUCCCGGGCCUCCUCCUGCUGCUACUGCCGCCCCUGCCACAUCUCUGCAGCGCUUUCAACCUGGAUGUGGAUAGUCCGGCCGAGUAUUCCGGUCCGGAGGGAAGUUACUUCGGCUUUGCGGUGGAUUUCUUCGCCCCAGAUCCUUCCUCGAUGUUCCUUCUUGUUGGAGCUCCUAAAGCAAACACUACUCAACCAGGCAUUGUAGAAGGAGGACAAGUGCUCAAGUGCAGCUGGUCUUCUAAUCGAAUGUGCAAGCCAGUGGAAUUUGACUCAACAGGCAAUAGAGAUUAUGCCACAAAUGAUCCAUUGGAAUUUAAGUCUCACCAAUGGUUUGGAGCGUCCGUGAGAUCUAAACAGGAUAAAAUUUUGGCCUGUGCGCCAUUAUAUCAUUGGAGGACUGAACUGAAACAAGAGAGAGAACCUGUUGGAACAUGCUUUCUACAAGAUGGAACAAAGACUGUUGAGUAUGCUCCUUGUCGAUCAAAAAAUAUUGAUGCUGAUGGACAGGGAUUUUGUCAAGGAGGCUUCAGCAUUGAUUUUACAAAAGCAGACAGAGUACUUCUGGGAGGUCCUGGCAGUUUUUAUUGGCAAGGUCAACUCAUUUCUGAUCAAGUGGCAGAAAUUGUGUCUAAAUAUGACCCCCAUGUAUAUAGCAUCAAAUAUAAUAAUCAGUUAGCAACUCGGACAGCUCAGGCUGUUUUUGAUGACAGCUACCUAGGCUACUCUGUGGCUGUUGGAGACUUCAAUGAUGAUGGCAUAGAAGACUUUGUUUCUGGAGUCCCAAGAGCUGCAAGGACAUUGGGAAUGGUUUAUAUUUAUGAUGGAAAAAAUAUGUCUUCUUUGUAUAAUUUUACUGGAGAACAGAUGGCUGCAUAUUUUGGAUUUUCUGUAGCUGCUACUGACAUUAAUGGGGAUGAUUAUGCAGAUGUGUUUAUUGGAGCCCCUCUCUUCAUGGAUCGUGGAUCUGAUGGCAAACUUCAGGAAGUGGGUCAGGUCUCCAUGUGCCUGCAGCAAGCUUCAGGAGGAUUUCAGAUCAUUAAGCUGAAUGGCUUUGAGAUAUUUGCCAGAUUUGGCAGUGCUAUUGCCCCUCUGGGAGAUCUUGACCAGGAUGGCUUCAAUGAUGUUGCCAUUGCUGCCCCUUAUGGGGGAGAAGACAAAAGAGGAAUUGUUUAUAUCUACAAUGGAAGAGCCACAGGCUUAAAUUCAGCACCAUCUCAAAUCCUUGAAGGACAGUGGGCUGCUCGGGCCAUGCCACCAAGCUUUGGGUACUCAUUGAAAGGAGCCACAGAUAUAGAUCAAAAUGGAUACCCAGAUUUAAUUGUAGGUGCUUUUGGUGUGGACCGAGCUGUUUUAUAUAGAGCCAGGCCAGUUAUCACUGUAAAUGCAGGACUAGAAGUUUACCCCACUAUUCUAAAUCAAGAUAAUAAGACCUGUCCACUCCCUGGCACAGAUGUCAAAGUUUCCUGUUUUAAUGUGAGAUUCUGCUUAAAGGCUGAUGGCAAAGGGAGGCUUCCGGAGAAGCUGAAUUUCCAGGUUGAACUUCUUUUAGAUAAACUGAAGCAAAAAGGAGCCAUUAGGAGAGCCCUAUUUCUCCAUAACAAAUCACCCGGACACUCAAAGAACAUGAGUAUUUUAAAAGGUGGUCAGAUGCAAUGUGAGGAACUUACAGCAUAUCUACGGGAUGAAUCUGAAUUUAGAGAUAAGCUUACUCCAAUUACUAUUUUUAUGGAAUACCGAUUAGAUUACAAGACAGCAGCUGAUGUGACUGGAUUGCAACCCAUUCUUAAUCAGUUCACUCCUGCCAAUAUUAGUCGACAGGCUCACAUUUUAUUGGACUGUGGUGAAGACAAUGUCUGUAAACCCAAACUGGAAGUUUCUGUACAUAGUGAUCAAAAGAAGAUCUAUAUUGGUGAUGACAACCCUCUGACACUGAUUGUUAAUGCCCAGAAUUUAGGGGAAGGAGCUUAUGAGGCUGAGCUUAUUGUGUCCAUUCCUCCCCAGGCAGAUUUCAUAGGUGGUGUCCGUAACAGUGAGACUUUAUCAAGGCUGUCCUGUGCAUUUAAGACAGAGAAUCAAACACGGCAAGUAGUAUGUGACCUUGGAAAUCCCAUGAAAGCUGGAACUAAACUUUUAGCUGGUCUUCGUUUCAGUGUGCACCAACAGUCAGAGAUAGAUACUUCUGUGAAGUUUGAUUUACAAAUCCAGAGCUCUAAUCUGUAUGAUAAAAUGAGUCCAGUGGUAUCUUACCAAGUUGACCUUGCCAUUUCUGCUGCUGUUGAGAUAAGAGGAGUCUCAAGCCCUGAUCAUGUCUUUCUUCCUAUUCCAAACUGGGAGCAUAAGGAGAAUCCACAGACUGAAGAGGAUGUUGGGCCUGCUGUGCAACACAUCUAUGAGCUGAGAAACAAUGGUCCAAGUUCAUUCAGCAAGGCGAUACUAAAUCUCCACUGGCCUUACAAGUAUAACAACAAUACUUUGCUAUAUAUCCUUCACUAUGAAGUUGAUGGACCAAUGAACUGUACUUCAGAUAUGGAGAUUAACCCAUUAAAAAUUAAGAUUUCAACUCCUCAGAUAGAUGACAAAAAUGAAACAAAUUUAGGACAAGGUGACCGCAAUCAUCACAUCAGUAGACGGGAUAUACCGCACAAUGAAGCAGAUGUACACACUUUGGGAUGUGGAACUGCUGAAUGUUUGAAGAUUGUCUGCCACGUUGGUCGCCUUGAUAGGGGAAAGAGUGUGAUCUUGUAUGUAAAGUCUCUGUUGUGGACUGAGACAUUCAUGAAUAAAGAAAAUCAGAAUCAUUCAUACUCCCUGAAGUCAUCAGCUUCAUUCAACGUCAUCGAAUUCCCCUAUAAGAACCUCCCAAUUGAUGACAUUCACAACUCUACAUUAGUUACCACUAAUAUUACCUGGGGUAUUCAACCAUCACCCAUGCCAGUGCCUUUAUGGGUGAUCAUUUUAGCAGUUCUAGCUGGAUUAUUAUUAUUGGCUGUUCUAGUCUUUGUAAUGUACAGGAUGGGUUUUUUUAAACGGGUCAGGCCACCUCAAGAAGAACAGGAAAGAGAACAGCUUCAGCCUCAUGAAAAUGGUGAAGGGACUUCAGAUGCUUAACAGCUUUUAAUUUAUGCAACUAAACUUUAGAAUUGCCAAAUUCAUUAUGGAUUUCAAUUUCUCUCAAGAGGAAUAAACACUCCAUGACUGCACUGCUAAUCACACCCUUUGGCAUAGAUGAAUAUCCCAACAAUGAAAUGAGACAAUAUGUGUGAACCAUCUCUUGUAUUAACCAUGUUUCUAAUCCAACUAAUAAUGCACAUGCUGACAUGUGGGGAAAUCAUAAAUAUCAUUUAGUGAUUUUGAUAAUCAUAUUUCAAGAGACUGUGCCUUGUUUGAUGCACAUCAGACUGAUAUUUCUUGAAUUGCACAUGGUUUUAAUGAAAAUCUUAAAACCAGCAGCUUUUGUAGUUACUGUUUCUUACAAUGGUUUUAUUUUUUUUUUUCUUUAAGACAAGAAUUUAUUUGGGCCUUUGCAUCCAAUUCUUUUGUACAGAUUCAUAUUGUUAAUUAGUAUUACACUACAGGUGAUUUUCAAGCUACUAAUGGAUGCAUACAACUUAGUGAACUUUGGCUUACAAGAUUAUUUGAAUUCAUUUUACUACUUUACUAUCUAUGUGACUCAUCACAUCAUCAUCAUGUUUCUAAAGUCAUCAUGUUUCUAAAGACUAUAAAUGGCCUAGCUAUAAACAUAAUGUUCAGAAUCACUAAAAAUGUUUGAGCCUUCUGUUUUUAAUUAUGUUUUAAUUUUUAAAAAAGUUUUUGUCUGAAGGACAAGCACUUUAGUUAGUCAAUCUGUAGUCAUGCAAAACAUUACAUGUUUAACUGCAAACUUUUAAAAAUAGUAAUUGAAUUUUAAUAACUACAUUAAAAUCACCUUCCUGAAAGCUAUAAAGUAACAAAUCAUUCCAAAAUUGCUUUUAUUCCCAUUUUUAUAAUUAAAUAAUUUAGAUGUGCUCCUGAUCAAAUAAUUUGGGUACUUCAUUUUAAUCAACUUUUAGGAAGUAAUCAUAGGCUAUUACAAGUGAAAAUAAUAUGAAUGAAAAGAUAUUCAUUGUUGAUGUAGCUGCUUAUUGUUAUUAUUAUUUACUGUGUUCAGUCAAUUUUGUAAUUUGAGAUUGUUUUUCUUAAAUUACAUUUUCAUUUAUAUUUUGAAACUAACUUACCAAAAAAAAAAAAAAAACCUCCAGAUAAAUGGAAAUAAGUUUACUUUGUUUUGAAUUUGCUCUUCCCUCCUUAGCAGAAAUGUUUAUUUGUAAAACAGAAUCAACCCCACACCCCACCCCAGCUCACCAGUGGGUUUAUUUUUGGAGUAAGACAUUACUAAUAUAAAAUGUUUUCCUAGAGUUAAGAUUAGUUAUAAAACAACCUUUAGUUUUUCAUAAUCUGUAAUAGUUUAUAAAAGCAAUUUUUAAAAAUCCUCAUACAAAAACAAAAGUAAGGCUAAUUUUCCAGGCAUUUUAAUGAUAGCUAUAUAUGCAGGAAACUUGUUUUUUUCCAAUCCCUAAGGUGGUGAAUCUUCAAGAGUGAGAUUUUGAUGUGUUCACCAUGCUUUAGGGUUUGAACAUGAUAUUUAUCAUCAGCUGAUUCUGACUUUGCUAACCCUAUGUAAGGACAUUAGGAUGACAAAAUUAGGAUUAAGAAAACUGAACACCCUUUGUAAAGUUUGGUCUUCAUUAUGCAGUGUUAAAUAUUUUUCUUUCUUAAAUCAAGUAUCAUUUCCCCCUUUUAAGUAUUAUAGGAAGCCUCAAAAGUAUUUCCUUUUUUCAUUGAAUAAUUCUUUGUACGUGAAAUAAUGUUGGGCUAUAUUCACAAAAUAGAAAUAUAUAUAUGUGAGCUUAUACAAAUUAUUUGCUUAGUGAAGUUCUUUAUGUAAUUUUAAUAAGCAUAUUAUUUGGCAAAAGAAUUUAAAAUCAAAUGUAUUUUUGGAGCAGUGCUUUUUGCCAACAAUUUAAAAAGGGAUCUUACGUGUAGAGUAAAUAUUUUAUAUUGUGAAUGAACUUGAUAUUUUGUAGAGAAAUUAUUUGUGAUAAAUAUCCUAAGGCCUUUUCACUAUGUAGCUACCUUGAAUUUUACUGAUACCCCUCAAACAGUCACUUUAGCCAUUUUCAUAAUUGAUAAUAUUUACUGCUACUGAAUCGUUUAUGUGGCAAUAUACACUCAUCAUUUAAAGUCACAGAAAUUUUAAAAUUAGACAUGUUGCAAUCUGUUCUCUUCUUGGCCUGUACCUAUAAUUAAAGCACAUUGUAGUAUUAUAAAAGCAAAGACUGGAUGAUCCAUUAACACUGGAGAUAGUAGUAAAAAAAAAUGAAAUAUAUCCAGAACUAUAAAUGUGACUCAUGAAAAAGAUGAAGAAAUGCCAAAUCUAAUUUUUAUAAAAUGUAUAACUUAAAGAUUUCUCUUUCUGAAGCAAAUGUUGAAAAAGAAUGAAAAUAUUGGUUUUUAUUCCAAAGUAUGAUGUGAAUGUAUAUAGUUUUCCCUAUAAUAGUUCUACUAUAUAUAUGUGUGUGUAUGUACAUAUAUAUAUAUAUAUCUGUAUUGCCAAAAAAAUUGCUACUUUGUUAAUGAGUAAUUUACAAUUUUAGAUAUAUACCUUAUAAUUUGAUUCUUAGAGAUAGCAUAAAAAUGAGUUUGAAAAUUUUAAUUGGCAAUAAAGGUACAGUUAGUAUGACCUAAAAGUUAAAGUAUAAAUAUUUGCUUAAAAUUUGCUUUUUAUAAGAAACUUUUACUGAUAGUGCUACUAGUAUUACCCCUUCCUUUCCUUUUUCCUUUAUCUUUUUAUUUUUUUUUUUAAGUUGUUAAGGGUGUAAUUUUGGUGAUGUUGUUCUAGGGACAUUUAAAACAUAAAAACAAAAAACUUAAUAGCCAUUUUAAAAAAAGAGUCAGUUUUUCCUCAAUUUUGAAAUUAAUGUAAUCAUGCUGAUUAAGGUAAUAUUUACUUUCAGAGAAAAUGUGUGAUUGGAAAGUUAGACUUCCAGAAUUGAGAAAAUUCUGGAAUAUUUUUUUAAAAUUAUCCAACUAAUUAAAAAUAAGUUUGAUGGCAGGAUCAUGACAGGAUCGUGAUAAGCACCAUGUUGCUGGUUUUCACAAAUCCAAUUGGUAUAGGUUGGUGUUUCUUCAAAAGGUACAGAACUCAAUGCUAAGAGGUUAUUAUCAGAUGUCUUUUUUAUUUUCUUUUUUACUUUUUGGCAUCAUACUCUUUGGUAACCAAUCAUCAUCAACACUGCCACCUAGUGUAAAAGUAAUAUGUUACCUGUGGUAAUUUUUAAAAUUAAAAUUAAAAGACAGUUUCUCUUGGAAAAGAAACAGAAUUGAAAAUUUUAUACUAGAAUCAAGAAACCUAUGAUGCAUUCAUGUUUUUGUAGUACAUGUUUUCAUUGGUGAAGUGGUUUGGAGUAAAACUUUGUAGACUUCCAAUAUGAAGAGUAUUUACUAGGUACUGAAAUUUUGGGGGAUAGGUACUGAAUCUUUUACUUUUUAUUCUCAAGUGCAAUAUAACAAUUUAACAAGGCUUGGGUAAUUCCAAAGUUAUUAUUAAUUUAAUAGUCCUAAUCUAAUAAAAGAUUGUGCUUUUGACAGUCUGAUUCUGCUGUUUUUAUAAGGCAAAAGAACUUUGCUUUUGUUCCAUUCAGAAAGUUGAUUUUAGACUGCAUUUAGGUAUCAUUUCUAACCAACCUAAUGCAUUAAAAAGAAAAUACUGUACUACUUAAUAACUUAUAUCCUGACAAAUAGGAGCCUUAAGCCUAGAAGUCUAUAAUCUGUGACAAAGUAAAGAUCUUUUAUUUACUUAAAAGGGAGAAAUAACAUUCCUUCAGUUUCAGUGGAAGUUUUACCUGUUAAAGAAGAGCAUAAUUAGUUCUAUGUGGUUUUAAAGCAUUUUAUGACAACUUAGAAAAUACAUGUAUCAAAUUGAAUGAUACAUAAAAACUGUAGAAAGCAAUUUUCUUUGUUUAGUUACUCUGACCACCCAUAUUGGGUAUGGCAUGAAAAUAAAAUUUUUCAUUUUCUAACUCAGUGAUUUGAGUUAGAUAAAAAUUGAUACAGUGCUCUGCAAAGUGUUUGCAAAGUAUAACUAUAGUAACUAUACAAUAAGAUUGGGCAGGGCAUAUGAUGCCACUUCUGCUCUUGUUCUUUAUAUUUUCACUGUAUCUUUUCCUUUAAAAAAUGUUCUUUUGACACAAUGAGCCAUCAGUAAUUCACUAAAUGGUAACUUUGUGGCCAUAAAGAGAAGAAAUGAAACAAAAGCAAUAUAAUCUUAAAAUAUAUUCUUAUGAAAUCAUUAUUCAUGGAAAUAACAACAAUCCUUAGAAUUUAAGUAAAAUAUAUAAGGAUUUAAAAAGGCAAUAUCACACUGACCUUUUAAAGUAAGAUUGGUUGUUAUUUGGAAAACUAGACAGUUAUCUCUAAAUUUUAAAGAAAUAUAUAUAUAUAUAUAUAUAUGUAGUAACAUUUUAGAUGCUAUAUAUAUAUAUAUAUAUAUAUAUAUAUAUAAAACAUCUAAAAUGUUACUACAAAAAAUGUUAGUAAACUUCCUUUCCUCCCCCAGCUGUUCAAUAAUAGAAGACUAAAGAAAAAUCAAGUUAUCCUUUGGAAUUUUUGAAAUAUAUUCAUUGAUCAAAUAUUUAUAAUUUAAAAGGCAUGGAAUUAACAAAAACAACCAUAUCAAUUUAUUCUAAUAAAAGCAAAAUAUAAUGAUAAGAGGUCUAUGAGUUAUAGUGCUAUGUUUAGAAAAAUGAUUACUGAUAUUAACUUACAUUGUGGCUAUUGUGAUAUGUUUCUUAAAUUCAUUUUAUCUCAGAGAUCCUCUUCCACCUCUGUGAUAAGGUUUAUUUGUUGAAAUGAACCCUGAUUUUUUCCCCAAAUAUGUUUUAAGAUGUUUAAUGAUGGUGUACUUGAGUAAAUCCUAUUGUAAAAAUCCAUCUUGAGUCCUGAGAACUUUGCAAUAAAAUACCUCUACAUACAAAA